CCAUCAAGGUGCUAGUGUAAUCAACAUAUUCAAAUUAAGACUUCCUAUUUAGUUUCCCAUUUGCAUAUAACCUUUGACUUAAAAUUAAAAUUAAACGGAGAGAGUAAUAAUCAAGCUUAACUCCGAUGCUUCUUUGUGUGAUGAGGGGUGGGUUGGUUUGGGGGUGGUGCCCCGUGGCUGCGAAGGGAGAGUGUUGUUUGCAGCAACACGUAGAGUUCGAGCUUGGUGGACCCCGGAGGUGGUAGAAGGGAAAGUACUUCAUUUGGCUGUGAAACUCGCAAGGAAGUAUGGCUAUGAUAAAGUCAUCUUUGAAUCGGGUAGCCAAAUCCUCAUCAACCGGCUCCCGAAGACUUCAAUUUAUUUGUCAGACUUUGAUGGUGUUUAAGAUGAUAUUCUGUUUUGUGUAGUCUUUUUACGUCUUUUUUUUUUUUUUUUUUUUUUUAAGUCUUAUGUUAAAGGAAUGACAAGAUUAUAGCGCAUCACCUUGCUAAGCUAAUGCCUUUUGGUGUUGAACAAGUUCGGAUUAAUCAUUGCCACCAAUGAUUUUCCCUUAUGUACUCUCGAACAGUUUGUCCAUCAAUUAAUGCAUGAGCUCGGCUUCCCUCAAAAAAAAAAAAAAAAAAAAACACAAAAAAUGCCUUUCUCCAUAGGCAAUACCUCGAUGAACACGUUUUUCCAUUAAAACACAUCAACAAAAUAAGACAAGGCCGUUGGCAAAAAAAGACUUUUGAGUCAACGAAUUAACCCAACUGAGAAUUCCUCAUUACUACUUCCGGCGUCCAAAAAAAAAAAAAAAGUGUCGGAAAGUUUAACAGUUAUACAGCAUCAUGGAAGCAGAGCUUAAAGCGAUUCUCAACGAUCUCGACGAUCUCAAACGAUCUUCUUCUGAUUCAUCUCUCCAAAAUUCAAUGGAUCAGUUGCGAAUUCGAGUAGAGCAUCUUGCUUCUCUUGCAGAGUCAGCACCAGUUCGGCGUUCCAAAGUCAAGGAUAUGAGUGCAGAGGUUAUAGAUAGUAAUCCUUACAGUCGAUUAAUGGCACUUCAGAGAAUGGGCAUCGUCUCUAAUUAUGAAAGAAUACGGGAUUUCUCUGUUGCAGUUGUUGGUAUAGGUGGAGUUGGAAGUGUUGCAGCUGAGAUGCUCACUAGAUGUGGCAUAGGUCGACUUUUGCUUUAUGAUUAUGAUACAGUCGAAUUGGCUAAUAUGAAUAGGCUUUUUUUCCGUCCUGAGCAGGUUGGUAUGACGAAGACUGAUGCUGCUGUCCAAACUCUAUCUGACAUAAAUCCUGAUGUUGUACUUGAGAGCUAUACAAUGAACAUUACAACAGUGGAUGGAUUUGAAACUUUCAUGUCUAGUUUGAAAAAGAAAACAUUUCGCUCAGAUAAAGAAGGAUGUGGGGUGGAUCUUGUUUUGAGUUGUGUAGACAAUUAUGAAGCAAGGAUGGUUGUAAAUCAGGCAUGCAAUGAAUUGAAUCAGACAUGGAUGGAGUCUGGUGUUUCUGAGGAUGCUGUAUCUGGUCAUAUACAAUUAUUAAUCCCAGGAGAAACAGCUUGCUUUGCAUGUGUUCCUCCCCUGGUUGUGGCAUCAGGAGUUGAUGAGCGUACACUGAAGCGUGAAGGUGUCUGUGCAGCUUCUCUCCCAACUACAAUGGGGGUUGUUGCUGGACUUCUUGUUCAAAAUACACUCAAAUAUCUUCUGCAAUUUGGACAAGUUUCACGAUACUUGGGUUAUAAUGCUUUGAAAGAUUACUUCCCAACUAUGGAAAUGAAACCAAAUACACAAUGUCCAAAUACCGCCUGCCUGGAGAGACAGAAAGAAUACAUGUUGGCAAAACCUUCAAGAGAUGCUGCAGCCAAAGCCAAGUUGGAGGCAGAAGCAUCAGUUGCCGAGGAAAUUCCACUCCAUGCUGAUAAUGAAUGGAAUAUCAGUGUUGCUGAUGAUGCUGAGCCGGAAGAUUCGGUAACUCGAAGCACAGAUGCCCUUCCUGAGGGUCUAGUACACGAGCUCCCUGCUGCAGACGAAUACAAACAUGCACCCUCAUUGGAGCAAGACUCAACUGAUGACCUUGAAGAGCUCCGUAGACAGCUUGAGGCCCUUAACGGAUAGGGUUAUUCUUGAGAUAUUUUUUGCUUACACAAUGAGAAAAGGAUGUUAGAAUUAAACGGAUAGGAAGUUGAGCACUUUUUGGAAUUGAGUUAAAUACAAUCGUUGCAAAAAGCUGCUAUAAACUGUUAUGUACAAAGAUUUUGAGCACAAUUUAGAUAAUUUCUCUAUAGGGCUGUAACUGUACACAGUUUUGUAUCUGCCUUGUUUAACAGACUUUAUGUACCAAAUGGGGGCUAUUGUUUAAGUUACCUUGAUCAAUUUAAAAUGGAUUGAGCGAGUCAUCUUAAUGCUUGAUAAA